AUGUCUACCUCUUCAAUAAACGGCUUUAGUCUUUCUUCUUUGUCCCCUGCCAAAACUUCUAUCAAAAGAACUACAUUAAGACCAUUUGUUUUUGCAUCUCUCAACUCUUCUUCAUCUUCUUCUUCCUCUUCUUUCCCUUCUCUUAUUCAAGACAAGCCUGUUUUCGCUUCAUCAUCUCCUAUCAUCACCCCAGUUUUGAGAGAAGAAAUGGGAAAGGGCUAUGAAGAAGCUAUUGAAGAACUCCAAAAAUUGUUGAGGGAGAAGACUGAUCUGAAAGCCACAGCUGCUGAGAAGGUUGAGCAAAUCACAGCUCAAUUGGGAACAUCCUCAUCUGAAGGCAUUCCAAAAUCUGAAGCCUCAGAAAGGAUCAAAACUGGUUUCCUUCAUUUCAAGAAAGAGAAAUAUGACAAGAAUCCAGCUUUGUAUGGUGAACUUGCCAAAGGCCAAAGCCCUCCGUUUAUGGUGUUUGCAUGUUCAGACUCAAGAGUCUGCCCAUCUCACGUCCUAGAUUUCCAGCCAGGAGAAGCCUUUGUGGUCAGAAAUGUUGCUAACAUGGUUCCACCAUAUGACCAGGCAAAAUAUUCUGGAAGUGGUGCUGCAAUUGAGUAUGCAGUUCUGCAUCUCAAGGUUUCCAACAUUGUUGUCAUUGGACACAGUGCUUGUGGUGGUAUCAAGGGACUUUUGUCCUUUCCAUUUGAUGGAACCUACUCCACUGAUUUCAUUGAGGAGUGGGUCAAAAUUGGUUUACCUGCAAAGGCAAAGGUGAAAUCACAACAUGGAGAUGCACCUUUUGCAGAGCUAUGCACACACUGUGAGAAGGAAUCUGUGAAUGUUUCCCUUGGAAACCUUCUCACCUACCCAUUUGUGAGAGAGGGAUUGGUGAACAAGACAUUGGCACUCAAGGGAGGAUACUAUGACUUUGUGAAAGGAUCCUUUGAGCUUUGGGGACUUGAAUUUGGCCUUUCAUCCACUUUCUCCGUCAAAGAUGUGGCCACGAUUCUACAUUGGAAGCUAUAA